ACCCCCUGGACCAGAGCCGUUUGUUGACACAGUAACUACCCUUAAGAUGUGAAGGAUUGUCCACUAAUAACACCCUAAUCAUGAUGGACAUAGGAAAUAAGGUGCCAAAUAAAUGGCCAAAACUGCUGGAUAUGACAAAGGAUGAGUGUCGGAAAGCUCUCCGUGCACUAGAACUGACUACAUACAGCCAGGUAGUAUCAGUCUUGCGGGCUCAAGGAGAACUUACCAAGGAGAAGAGAAAGCUUUUAAAUGACCUUCAAACUAUAUUCUCAAUCACCCUUGAAAGACAUCGAGCCGAGAUUCGUAGAGCAGUUAAUGAUGAAAAACUCAACACUAUUGCAGACAUACUGGCUGGGCCCAACACAGGAGUUGAGUGGGCAGUAGAAGGUAGACGCCUGGUACCACUUAUGCCCCGUAUUCCUCCACAAACCUCAUAUACUGCCAUAGCUACACGGAUGGCCCUCUUGUACUAUGGCAUUAAUGCAAAAAUGCCUUCCCCAGACUCAACAGCAAUGUUUGGUAAAAUGGAUGACCUUGGUGCUGAGUCUGAUGACACAGAUUCAGAAGAGGAGACUGAAGGGCUUAGAUUUAUCCAGGGUGCCAUGGUGCCUCAGCAAUACAACAAUGAUCAAGGGUCAUAUACUACACUGCCACUGUCACAGACCCGUUUAUCUAAGCUGCCUCCGAAAGAGAAUCGAGAAAAUCGAGAAACUCCAACCACUACAUCGGGAGGGAGUAUUGGUCCUAUGAGUCUUGGAUUUGGGACCGGUUCUGGUGGUGUUUGUGGAAGCAGCGACAAAAGAAAGAGAAAAAGAUCUUCAUCGACCGAACACCCUCCUUUGCCUCCUCCGCCUCCUCCUCCCCCAGCUCCUCGGGAACUUCCCCCAGCACCUGGAACCCCCUCCAAGCAGAUAAGUGGCAUCAGUCGCCCAAUGCCAGGUCCACCCAUGAAGAUUACUGUGACAGGGAAUGUGGCUCGUGGAACACCUGGCACACCGGUAUCUACUCUUGGAGGCCACACGCAAAAGGUAAUUCUUGUAUCAACGUCUGGAGCAAGUGGGGUGGGCAGUGGCAUGUAUCAGCGAUCGCUCAGUGUUCCAGUAAUGAAGGGUAGCGCUGGAGCAGCACCCACUGUGAUGCGUGGUGUCCCGUCUGCUGGUGGUACAAUGCCUGGAAGUCAAAUGCAACCUGGUCUGAAGACGCCGGCGCUGAUGCUGACAACAACAACAACAACGCCGCCGCCGAUGCAAGACGAUGGACAAAGUGAUCCCUAUGUUUCAGCUGUGCUACGCAGGCGACACAAAAAUGGUGGCAGUGUGGGGUCAGGAAGUAUGAUUGUUCCUUCUACAUACUCUGGUAGUGGAUCACUGGUGUCUGGGGGGAUGCCUCCAUCAGGAACUUAUGUGAACAGAAUGAGACCAAGAGUACCCACAGGUGCACUUCCCCCUAGACCUCGUCAGCGAUCUAAUUCCCUUGUUCUUCAGGCUGAAGCAGGAAUACCACAAAGAGGUGUGGAGUCUGGUGCUGGUGCUGGAGGCAACAGUAUGAUUUCUGGAAGUCAUAUGAGUACCAUGCCUUCUUUUUCUGGGAAUUCCUCCAACAUAGUGGCACCAUCUACAGGUUCUCAUGGCAUGCCACCAGGACAUAUGAUGACUCAUCAAACUAUACAGGUCAGACCAGGUACUCCUGCUACUCCAGGAAAAGCUGCCAUACAGAUUCGUCAGGAAGGAACAGCAGGAGCCAAGAUCAUCACUCACUCAGUGGGUGGCAGUGGAGGCGGGAUAGGGGGUUCCACUAGCAACCCAAGCAGUGUGGGCAGCAGCAGUAAUGUGGGUAUAGGUCAUAAUGCUCCAGGACGGCUGAUGGGACGGACUCCUCUCUUACCUCCCAACUCACCACAAGGGACUGGUGGACCACUUUAUGUGGUCACAACCAACUCCGGCACCAUCACUGUUGUAACUCGCACUGUUGCUGCUGGUCAGGGAAGUGGUCCACGUGUAGUGACUGUGAAUACAAUAAAUGCCCCAAAAGCCUCAAUCAGUGGAGUACGAACACCAGCACCAGCAACAGUUGUCUCUGUUGGCUCAAAGACAAUACAGACAGUGAGAGUAACACCUCAGGGUCCUGCUGGGCUCCGACCAGUUUUGGGUGGUACAAAAUCUAAUGUGAUCGUUGUACAUAAAGGAGCGCCCUCUCCUGGGACGAGACCAAUGAAUAUUCAGGGAAUCAGGGAUGUACCCACAAAAAUCACAAUUGGGAAAACUCUUAGUGGAAGUUCCAGCUCAACUGUACUGCAGAAGCCUCUACCUUUGCCUCGAGGGACCAUAGCAGCUCCUAGUGUAGUUCCUGUCAGUACACCUACAUCUCAGGGCAAUGUCAUUGUGGUGGAUUUGAGUCCUGAGGGCAGCAGUGUGAGCAACAACAAUGCUCUUGCUGACAUUCUGCAGGCCACAGGUAUUCUGGGUGCCAUCGGACCAAGUAGUGUUGAUAGUGGAAACAUCCCUGCUGGUGGUGGUGGUGGUGAAGUAGGCAGCAAUGAGGGGGAAACCCCAAGAAUCCCUCCUUCUUCUAGCUCGGUUUCAUCUCUGUCUCGGACAGAAACUACUUCCACAAGUAUGGAAACUGCCACGCAAUCUUCUAUUACUACACACAGCCGGCCUAUCAGUGAAUCCUCAUCAUCAAUAACUAACAGUGGCAGCACCACAAGUAAUGUAUCUACAACAGCCAGUACAACCACCACUGCUACCAAUACCUCAACCACCACCCUGGCUAAUACAGUAACCAACACAACUACUUCUUCUUCUGCCAUCACCACUCCUACAGCAAGCAGUAGUAGUAGUAGUGGUAGUAGUAGUGAGGGUACUGGAGGUACUGGAGGGAGUGGGAGUGGUUGUGCUGGUGAUGGUGAUGGAGAAUGGCUCAAUUUGGGACUAGAAGGGGAAGACUCACCUGGACAUAGUUUGCCUGAGGGACAAAUGCAAAUGUUAGAGGAGGCGGUGGAGAUCUUAGGUCGUGGAGACAAGGAGUCGGCUAGAAACCUUCUCCGCCAGGCUGGAAUUGAAUUAUUAGAUUCUCCAGGUGACAUCGGGGAGCAGGGAGGGGAGGCAACUUCGAUGGCAAGUCUGAUGGCGGGGUUGGCCAGUCAACUCCCCGUUGCACAUCUUGAUGAUGGAUCUCUUGCUCCUGUUGGGGAAUUGGAUCCUGCCACUGGUUUGUUCUACAACCCGUCUAGCACUGAGAGUUCUUCUGAUACAAACAGUAACUCAGCUUCAGAGGAGAUGGAGGCUCCAGAGGAAAGAGAAUCUCCUGAGUGACAGAUGCUGUGCCAACCUGAGGAAGUUUGACUCAGUUCUUUAUUAUUAUGACAGAGUUUGACUCAGUAAUUUAUAGAUUAUUUUUAAUACAGCCUUCCUUUGUAGAGAAUUUUGUUUGCUUAGCAACAAAUUCUAUUUUAGUGAUUUUUUUUAUAUUGUUAUUGUACAUAAUGAAUGUUCAGAUUACCUUUUCUCAUUUACUACUUGAUCUCAUCUCUGCACAUUGAUAGGUAGGAACUAUAUUGUUUAUGGAGUCCUGAAGUUUGUAAUUUUUUUCUUACUACAGUAUUUGAAAAUUUGAGCCUGUCAAAAUGAUGCUCUUGUAUAUACAGUGCAGUACAGUAUAUACAUUGCAAUAUUCUCAAAGUUUCUAGAUAUUAAUUUGUAAAUUUUCACUUUGACAAUAAGUGGUGGCGACAGUGUAUAUGUUAAUGUUUAAGACAGUAGAGAUGUGGUAAGAAUUUCCUUAAAAUAAGGAAAAUAAAACAUAUUAUAUAUGUAAGAGAUGUUAUCUUCCAUUUUUUUUUAUUAUUAUCAUAUGACAUUUCCUCCAUUUGUUAUUUUAACUGUAUAAAUUAAAUUUUGUAUUCAUUUUGCAUGAAUAAAAAAUGACCAUAGCUUGGAAUUGUAAAAUCAUAAAUUGCUUAGAUAAUGUGAAACUACCUUCUCAGCCCAAGGAAUUUAUUCCAUAUAGUCAUGUCUCGGAUGUUAGGAACUAGACAAAUUUUAGCACAAGAACAGACUCUUAGGUUAUUUACCCACUAUGUUAUACACACAUAUAUGAAUGCUUAAUUUUAUACAAUUGUGGUGGUAAUAUGACCAUUAGUAGCAAAACAAGUACUGUACAGUCAUCCCUCAAUGUACGGAUGGGUUAAAUUCCAUAAACUUAUGCUAUAGAUCGAAAUUCCAUACUGUAUAUUGAACCCAUUUUCCCAUAUAGUACUCCCAUAAUGUAAGGGGAGAUAGUUCCUACAACAAUGGAAGAGAGGUGUGUGUGGGUGAAUAAUAAUACAGUACUGUAGAAAUCUCCAUUAUACAUGUUGCCAGUCAGCUGUGAGAUAGCUACACAUGUUGCCAUUGUUACACUUAAAUGUAAUGAAACUGUAAAACUUAGGAAAAAAAAUCAAUAUUGUACUGUACUGUGACUUAGAAAUAAAGAAAAUAUUAUGUAAAACUAUAAAGUAAGAAAAAUGAGGAGCGUGGGUGUGUAUGUGUGGGAAAUGAACGCAUGUGUGGAGGCAGUCGGCUGUAACUGUGGUUCCAGCCCAGUCGUGCUCCCUCCUCUGAUGUGAUGUCACAGCAUACACACAGCACCUUGUGGCAGCAACCACACACAUCUCUGAGUUGACUGGGUGGCUGGCAGAACUGUUUGGUUUAUUUUUGGCAGAAAGAGCUAUUUUUUGGACAUAAAAUGUGUGCUAUUGUAUUUCAUGAUGUGCUAUGCUCAUUUUUGGAGGGAGGAGGAAAAUCUUACCUUGGUAUUUUUUAUUUGCUUCUAAAAUAUAUACCAAAUUUAUACCCAAAUUUCCGUUAUACUGUACAGUAAUAUCUUCAUUAGCUGGAAUCUCUCAAACCCGGAACUCUCUGAUAGCUGGAAUUGAAAUUUUCUUUGAAAAUCAUUCCCAAACUCGGAAUUUUCUGGGAGACAUAAUUUCUGGCAAAUUCUGAGAAAACCUUCCCAGUCCAGUACUCGGAAAAUUCCGUGGAUGGGGGAAUUUUUUUUGCUGGUUUGAGAGAUGAAAAUCAGGUAAAUUUUCCGGAAAUUUGAGAAAAACUUCCCUGUACAGGGGGUCUCCAGGUUAUGAAUGGGUUCCAUUCCUGAGGACGUUCGCAAUUCAGAUUUAUACUGAAGUUGCAACACAUGCUAUAUGCAUACCGUACUUAGAAAACAAUGGUUAAAAUUCCUCUAUAUCAUAGCCUAUGUCCUUAUAUACAUCGAAAAUCACUUAAUUUAAGACAAAAUAAGAAAUAGAAUGACAAAAUACAGUAAAUGAAAGUAAAGAAUAAGUCAUCAGGUUAAUAAAAUGCUGUAAAUUUCAAGUUUAACCUCGUUUGCAUUGGCGGUUGUUCGUAAGUCGGGGACCUCCUGGGAUGGUGGAUAUUUUUCCAGGUUCAAAAAAUGAUGUAAUGUGCAAUUCUGGAACUUCCAAGAAAAUUUUUCCGUUACCCUGAAAAUUCUGGGAGAUGAGGGAUUUUUUUUUCUGGCUUUGAGAGAGUUGUCUUGUUACCCGGAAACCUCUCAUUCCUGGAAGUGCUCUGCACCAAUUGUUCUGGCUAAUGGAGAUAUCACUUGUAUCAAUUUUUGCUCUCCGUUUAUCGAAUAUAAGUCAUAAAUUAACCAUACGGAUUACUGUACAGUAUAGUGAAUUUCUGUAAAAAAAAAAAAAAAAUUUUUUGAAAAUUGGGGGAUGACUGUAAGGAGAUUAAGAAGGUACAAUAUACAGAUCUUUUACGUGAUGAUACAUGCGAAAUGAUAUUAAUGUGUAUAGAACCAUGCAAUUUUGACUUAGUACAAAAAAUGACAUAUAUUUUUGUGAAAAGCAGCAUGUAUUUAGACCAUUGAGUAAUAAUUUGGAAUUACAAAAGCAACUGAAAAUAUAUCCAGCUAAGUAAAUGAAUGAAGUGCAGUCUGUAGUAUUUUUACCAAAUCUGUUCAUAACUUUUACAUCAAUCAGUAAGAUGGCUCAAACUUUUCCAAAGUUUUCAUCUUGGAGACUUGACUUGACUUCAUUUUACUUUACUGUGCCUCAUUUGAUGUAACCUAAACUCUUCACUUAUUCCCAUACCAACUUUUCACAGUUACACCUUUGCUCAUCCUCUCUACUAAUCUUUUAAAUCUGGUUACUCUUUAACUUUCUUAAUAAUUACAGGGUAUAUCUUGUCUCUCUGACAUCUCCAUCAUUGUUUUAUGGCCAUUUUACAUGCUUGUGUGGGUUAGCUGCAGUUACCUGAUGGCAGUUCUCUAUGUUAUACGAUCUCUUGCAGUCUCUCUUGUCGGGUCCCUAACUCUAAUGUCAUCUCUUACAACCUCUUCCCAUGGCAUUCUUGGCCUUUCCUUGACUCUCCACCCCUCCACAUUUAGGCUCAUGCACCUCUUGACCCAAUUGGUCUCAUCCAUUCUCUCCACAAGCCCAAACCAUCUCAGCCAGCAUCUAUGCAGGACUUCACUGAACCUAUAACUCCUUGCUAUCAGCAUCUAAUAUUAUCAUCCACUGUCUAACUCCAGUUACUCCUUAAACUCAACAUCCACCUUUCAAAUCCAUCAUAGUUGGUAUCACUGCUUGCCACUGCAGUUAAGACUACAGUAUUAUUAACCUUAUCUCACUAGGCAUGCAGUAGAGACCCGAGGAUGAGCACAGGUCUGAUGACCCAGUUGCCAUUAGGCAUGUUGAAGCAAAGUUUUACGGCUGGAGCCCUUCCUAAUACCAACCCACAGUGUGGGAACAGCUGGCAAGGCAGGAUCACAACUCCUUGGGAGUAAUCAAAGACUACCUGCUAUAAUGUAUGUGGCAUAUAUUUUUUGAGGAAAGAAAUUGACAUGAUGUAUCAUAACCAAAGUUAUGAGGGUUGUCACAAGUGUCUGUUAAUACUAUCUGAAGCCUCAUUUCAUAUUAUAGGCAUUUGUUUAAAGCAGUUUUCCAGACAUUUAACUAAUUAGUUUGUGAUAUUUUGCUGCUUCAGUAUUAACCAUUUUAUCACCUUUUACAUUGUUGUAAACUUUUCAACAUAUCUUUUUUCCAAAUAUUGACAUGACAUAAUAUAUAACUGACAUGCCAUAUUGCAACUAAAAUUGCGAGAGCUGACAAAGAUGACUGAUAAUCCUUGUCAUAAGGUCUGAGACUGGCUACAUACUUCUUCAUUGAUGGUGAGUAUUAAUUUAUGUUUUGUUUAUUUGCUUUAAUUGCUCUAUCUUUGUUUCUAUUGUACUGUACUGUACACAGUCUUCCCCCCAAAAUGAUGUCACCAUGUUCAGAAACUUUCAAUCAGAAAGGGGUAUCUUACAAAUAACGGAUUCACUUGCAAGUACAGCUCAUAUACAAUAUUGUUAAAAUUGUAGUACUGGGCAUAGUAUAUAUUGAAGAAAAAAAUAUGAUAUGAGAUUAUUGGUCAAGGACAUAAUUAUGGAAGCAAAUAUUUUCCAUAUUCAACACCUCAGUGGACGAUGAAGUACAGUGGAAAAUGAAUUGUAAAACAAAGCUUUGAAUAUCUGUUGCCAACAAAGGCACCGUGAAAACUCUUUGGGUUGAGAAGGUUAAGCAAACAAUAUUCUAACUUUAUUUUUAGUAGAAAAUAUCCAAGUUGUGGUGGUAGUUGUAGGUAGAUCAUCUUUGAUAUGCGUCCUCUCUGGUUUCAUUUUUUAUUAAACUGUGCAAUUAAUUUCCUUAAAAUUUAAGAAAAUUUACCUGGUGAAAAAAUGAGUACCUGAAUUGUAAAACUAUGAAUGUAAAUUUUAUGAGGUAAUAUACUUUAUAUGCAGCAUAUAAUUUAAAGUACAUAAUGAACAAAAUGUUUCACAUGUAGUGGGAUAGCAAGAACUGGGUAUCACUUUUUUGAACUGAUAGUUACUGUGAUGGCAUUUUCAUGAAAGUAUUUUAGAUUUUGCUUCAGAGUUUUGACAAUAUUAUUAAUCUUGUUUUUCUACCUUCCUUUUCCUCCAACAAUAUUUAAAAAAAAAGAACAUUAAAUUUGUUGAGAAAACUGAUUCCCCUCAAUGUUUCCUCAUUUAUGUCACUCACAUUGCCCCAUAAAAAUCCACUUUUUAAUUCUGCAAAUAUUCUUAAUUGAUCACUGUAUAAUGAGGUGAUUGGUCUCUGCCCUGUGUUGACCCUUUUGAAAAGGGAAAUUCAAAUUCAUAAGUGAAAUUGCUGUCAUAAAAAUAGAAAAGAAUAUUUUUCUGUUUGAAAUUUCUUUCAAAGGGAAGGUGACAUUCAUGUAUGUAUAGACUUCUUAAUAUUUGUUGCCCAAAGAAUCACUGCCAUGAGAAAAGUACAGGAUUUGUCAUCCUUUUCUAUGAUAAUUCUUUUUAAGGAUUUAUUUAUUUAUUUUAUUUUUUUUAUAAUAUAGAUAUGUACUCAGACUCUAAACCAAAUUGGGUGAGGUUAGGAUAUUUACCCAAGCCUUCAUAAUAGCGCUCAGUUUGAAUCUAAAUCCAAGUCCAAAUCCUCAAAAUAGAACUUUUCUUAUUUGGUUUAUGUUGUCUAAAGCAACACUAGAUUUUUUGUAACAGAUUUUGAAGCUAAAGAUCAUUCCCUUCAAUUUAAUCUUUUUGGUUUUCAAAUGUGAAAGGUUUAUACAUUACCUUUUAUUUGGUACUCCACCUUUACUUCUUGUGGUUUCUUCUGUGUGUGUUUGUAAUGAAGUGAUAUUUAUCCUUUCCUCUUACUUUGUACUGCAGGCAGAUGGCAAAUGCUUCCCUGAUGUCACAGCAAAAGUUACAUGAAAUUAUUUUCAGCAAAUGAUAUAGUUGUUGUCAUUAAGUUUACAACACUUGAAAGUGCAUCUGGAAGAUUCUGUAUGUGUCACCCUACACUGAAUCUCAUAACAAAUAACAAUAAUUGUACUGUAGACUCACAACUUAUGCGGUUUCAACUAUACGCAGAUUACCCCGGGGGUUAGGUUACAAUUUUCAAUUUCAAGCUCAAAAUUGUCAAAAUUUUUAUGUCUAGUGCAAACUAUAGCAUGUUUAUAUUCAAAUUAAUCACUACAUCACAAGAAUCCCAGUAAUGGAAAUUAUAUUCUCCCAGGUCAGUUCAGUGACAUUUUAUACGAGAAAAACUUUGUCACUAAAGGAUAUAUAUAUAUAUAUAUAUAUAUAUAUAUAUAUAUAUACACAUGAAGUCCCAGGAACGUAACCCUCGUGCAAGUUAUGAGUCUAAUGUAAAAGGAAAAGUUUCUUUCAUACUGUACCAGAUAAUAAAGGUACUGUACAAGAAGUGUUAAGAUACAGGAGGCUAUCUAAAUGUUUUUUUUUAUUUCCAGUACAGUAUAGUACAAGUAGCUUCUGAUAAAUAUUAUAAAGUCAGAGUGUCAUUCAGAAGAUAUGUAACUUGUCAAUACAAGGUAAUCUUAAACAUGGAGUACAAAGAGAUUGAAAAUUCAGAUAUUUUUCUUUUUGAAGGGAAAAUCAGUUAAGUGAAGUGUGUUUGUCAUUGUUAACAUAAUGUAUAUGUCAAAUAUUUUAAAGCAUUCAGCUUGUGGACUGUAUUGUAGUGAACUGGAAAUUAGGUCAAACAUUGCAGCACUAGUAAGGUGCAUGCAUAUUAUUCAAGUGUGCCAGGGUUACAUGUAAGAUUUUGUACCUAUGUACAGUUGCACUUGGGGCCAUGCCUAGGGCUAAGUCAAGAGCACAAAUGUUGGAUAUCAGGCAAAAUAAUAGCAUUGUGCAGAAUUUAUAUUGUAAUGAAUGUAUAAUUUUCACCAUCCAAGUUGCAAUGAAAGGAAUGUCAUGAACUGAAGUUUUGUCUUACUUUUCAUGAGGUGAAACAUUACAGCAGUAUCUUUGUUCUCAAAAUGCUACAGUACUGUAAUUUCUGUAAUAUUUUGCUCAUUUACUAUACAGUAUACAGUAUCAAUAUUUCUUUUGGAAACAGUAUAAAUAUUACUAUAUUUUA